UGGGAGGGUGGCGGCUCACUCAGGACCCAGUGGGGGCAGCGCGAUGAGGCGGGUGACCCUGUUCCUUAACGGCAGCCCCAAGAAUGGAAAGGUGGUCGCUGUAUAUGGAACUUUAUCUGAUUUGCUUUCUGUGGCCAGCAGUAAACUCGGCAUAAAAGCCACCAGUGUGUAUAAUGGGAAAGGUGGACUGAUUGAUGAUAUUGCUUUGAUCAGGGACGAUGAUGUUUUGUUUGUGUGUGAAGGAGAACCAUUUAUUGAUCCUCAGACAGAUUCUAAACUACCUGAAGGGUUGUCAGGAUCACACACAGACUGGCUAACAUUAAAUGUUGGAGGGCGGUACUUUACAACUACACGGAGCACUUUAGUGAAUAAAGAACCCGACAGUAUGCUGGCCCACAUGUUUAAGGACAAAGGCGUCUGGGGAAAUAAGCAAGAUCAUAGAGGAGCUUUUUUAAUUGACCGAAGUCCCGAGUACUUUGAACCCAUUUUGAAUUAUUUGCGUCAUGGACAGCUCAUUGUAAAUGAUGGCAUUAAUUUAUUGGGUGUGUUAGAAGAAGCCAGAUUUUUUGGUAUUGACUCAUUGAUUGAACACCUAGAAGUGGCAAUAAAGAAUUCUCAGCCACCAGAGGAUCAUUCACCAAUAUCUCGAAAGGAAUUUGUCCGAUUUCUGCUAGCUACUCCAACCAAAUCAGAAUUGCGUUGCCAGGGUUUAAACUUCAGUGGUGCUGAUCUUUCUCGUUUGGACCUUCGAUACAUUAACUUCAAAAUGGCCAAUUUAAGCCGCUGCAAUCUUGCACAUGCUAAUCUCUGCUGUGCAAACCUUGAGCGAGCUGAUCUCUCUGGAUCAGUGCUUGAUUGUGCAAAUCUCCAGGGAGUCAAGAUGCUCUGUUCUAAUGCAGAAGGAGCAUCCCUGAAACUGUGUAAUUUUGAAGAUCCUUCUGGUCUUAAAGCCAAUUUAGAAGGUGCUAAUCUGAAAGGGGUGGAUAUGGAAGGAAGUCAAAUGACAGGAAUUAACCUGAGAGUUGCUACCUUAAAAAAUGCAAAGUUGAAGAACUGUAACCUCAGAGGAGCAACUCUGGCAGGAACUGAUUUAGAGAAUUGCGACCUGUCUGGGUGUGAUCUUCAAGAAGCAAACCUGAGAGGUUCCAACGUGAAAGGAGCUAUAUUUGAGGAGAUGCUGACACCGCUGCACAUGUCACAGAGCGUUAGAUGAGAAUUCCAGGGCUGCUGAAAGAUGCACAAGAUGAACAGUGUUUUCCUUAUCACUCUUCUUUCUCCGCCCACUCAGUUGUCUAGAAGAAAUAACACUGUAAGGGAAUUAAAAAAAACAUUUAGUGGAUUAUGCUUGUUCUCAGUGGUGCAUAAGGGAAAAAAGUGACUUUUUUCCACAUUCUGAUUUUAACAGUGAAGCACGCACUAGACGUAGGGAAGCUAGAUUAGACUGCUGCCUUUUGAGUGGAAUAGAGGGAUUGGCCUGGCUUUAUGACCAGGAGUAGUAUCUAUUAUAUUUGGUUUGAAAUAGGCAUGAUGUGGAAAUACCAUCUUGGUUUGAAAUGCAUUUGAGGAUUUUAAUUUAUGAAAAGCACAACAUAUACAAUUAUAUUUAUGGAAUCUCUAGAUGUAGUAUGGAUAUUUAAAUUGUUAAACUUUAUGAAAAUUUUGAAAAGCUUGUUCAGGUUUAUGAAUAGCUUUAGUGAUGCCUCCCCUCCUUUGAAUACCUGUCCUACCACGUGAAUAUGGUGAGAUCAGGCUCCCCAAGGCUUUCUCUUCAGGUUCAUUUUUAUAAUGUUUAUUUUUUUAGAACAAAACAGUAGCUAAAUUAAGGAAAUCCUUCAUUCUUACUGAUUGAGGCAGAGUGGAAGGAAAGACAUCAUUGUGCAUCAUUGUCAGCUGAAGUUACAGUGGAACUCUCCAGAUGGAGGAAGAAUUUACCUAUAGCUACAACUUUUAAAUGAGCAUUCCUUAGAAUUUCAUUCUAAGCAAGUUCCACUCAACGCCAGACCAGGCAGUUUUAUCUAUUUACACUACUAGCUUAGUUCCUCCUUACUGUCAAAACAAACAGCAAGAUAUUUCAAAACCAAAAAACCAAGGUGUAUUUUUUGUGUGUGUGUGAGGAGAUCAGCCCUGUGCUAACAUCUGCCUAUCCUCCUCUUUUUUUGCUGAGGAAGACUGGCCCUGGGCUAACAUCUGUGCCCAUCUUCCUCCACUUUACAUGGAACGCCGCCGCAGCAUGGCUUGCCAAGCGGCGCGUCGGUGCGCGCCUGGGAUCCGGACUGGUGAACCCCAGGCCGCCACAGCGGAGUACGGCCACUUAACGUCUUGCGCCACCAGGCCGGCUUCUCAAGGUGUAUUAUUCAUUUAAUUCAUAUGCCAAAUAGUGUAAAUAGGGCAGCUUAGAAAUGGGUAUUAAGUCCCAAUCCACUGCAAUCAAAGCUAUAAAAUAUGAAUGACUAUGGCCAAGUCAUCUUUUAGAAGUCACCAUAAGAUAAUCACAGCUGAAAACCGUAUGAUGGGGAAUGAGAGGAUUUUAAACUGACAGUUUGAUUAUACCCACCAGAAACCUUAGUAAAAAUCAAGGCAUUUGGCUGGUCCAAGAUAUGAUACCAAUCAGUCAGCACCUGUGGUCCUUUUACUUAUAUUUUCUGGUUUUGUCUUCACUUUUAGCCUGAUUUUCUUGAGUCAUCAUCUGUCUGCAGAAGCAGAGAUAGGGCCCGUCCCUCCUUACCAGUAACCCGUGUCCUUAUGUCUUCCCCAAGAGCAGGGAUAUAAGCUGUGUCCAAAUGAGUUCUGAAUUCUACAGACUCAUCAAUUUGAGGCAAUGAAUCAUUAAAACCACUUUGUCUCCUUUGGGAGAAUGACAUGUUUUCAGUAUUUACGUAGCUUUUUCUUCUAUACAUAUGCAAAGCUUUCCUUAAUGGUGAAGGGUACAUAUGCAUAGUGGGAGGAGAUUAGACCCUUACAGGUGAAGGAAAGCAAAUUCAGAAAUGAAUUAUUUUCUUUGCUUUAUUAUUUGUACCAAAACAGAGAAGUAUUGAGAGAGAUCUAUUUUCAUAAUCAAUUAUAUUUAAAUCAUUUCACUCUGUACUAUAUUUUCAAUAAUUAUAGAAUGUGUUGUUCAUCCACUUAAGGGUACCUCUGUACACAUAACCUAAAACUGCAGAAGAAUCUGAAAGCUCUAAAUAUGGUAUGUUUAGAAGCUGCAGAUUUUGCAUCUCAUGUAUACUGCAUUAAUAAAUGAUAUGAAAUGUUGAAAGAGAGUUUCUUGUCUUA